AUGACAUCCAUCAUACAAUCAUCACUCGCCGUUAACAACUUUAUUCGUUAUGAGAAUGAACAUGCUAAAGACCAGAUCACAAGCAUGACAGACUCACAGCAUGAAAAAGUUGAACAAAAUUUCGAUCCUUACAUUCCUUCAAAUACAAUGAUGGAUCCUCGUGAUGCAGAUACCCCAGAUAAUUGGAUUCCACGCCAUCCUGAACUUAUAAGAUUGACAG